ACGUUCGAGCAAUUUGUACAUUAUUGUGAUGAUAAACUGGAAUAUAUUCCGAUAAAUUUUAUGCUCGGUUUCUUCGUUACGUCAGUACUGAACCGAUGGAUUAAUUUCUUCAACAAUAUCGGAUACAUUGACAAGUUGGUCAUCAGAGCAGUUUCGUUUCCAUUUCAACUGCAUCCGUAUUCGUUCGUUGGUGCUUUCCACAAUGCGAUGAUCUCAUUAAAAAAUAAUCUAUGCUUAGCGGCGAAUGAAGCUCUAAGAAAGUGGAUUCGAACUGUUUCCAGCAUCGGUUUAAUGGUGGCCGCGUACGUUCGGGGUACUGAUGAGAAAACACGGAUGCAACGAAGAAAUAUUGUGCGAUAUUGUGUGCUAUCACAAGCACUCGUCUUCAGGGAUAUCAGUAUGCGUGUUCGGAAACGAUUUCCCACUGUUGAUGCGCUUGUUGCAGCAGGUUUCAUGAUGGAACAUGAAAAAGAGUUGUUCGAUCAGAUUCAGUACAGAUACGCCAAAUACUGGAUGCCUUUUCAGUGGGCAUUAGCACUGUGUCAAGAGGCAAGAACUCAGCAAAAAAUUGCAAGUGAUAUCAUUCUGCAAAAAGUUGGUGAGGUGAGAAUAUUUUGCGACCAUGAGGCUUUCGUUUGCUUCGUUUUGUCGUGGCCAUUCUCGCGAUCAAAGCACCUUGAUCCAGACAUUUGUGACAGCCAUACGGAAACAGACGGUAUGUAUAUAGUUCCGAAAGAACUGCAAGUGAAGCUAACAGCAGAUUAG